AUGGUCCAGGACGCCACACCUCCAUCUACGCUGCGCAAGCGAGCGACAGGCGCGACGAGCGACAGUCGCCCAUCGACCCCAGCACGAACCGCGAACCGCGACGCGAUCGAUCCUGCGACGUUCUACGGAACAGGUACAUCCAACGCGCUCGGCUCAUCACACACUGGCUACGUCGCGCCCGAGGUCUUCCCCUUCAGAGAGCCCGAGCUCGUUCAAGACACAGUCCCGACGGAUCCUAAUCAGUAUAACCCGCCACCCACCUGGGGCACCGAGUCACUCGCCGACUGGAGUAAGGAAUGGGGACCUGUUUCAACCACGUACGACGACUGGGGUGUCCCCGGCACCAUCCGUAAGAUCAGUAUCGACGGCCGCAGUGAAGACGAAGAGACGCACAUCCUUCACGACCCAAAUCAUGCCCUGUACUCGGUCAGUCCCGACCCUCCUCCCUCAGUCGCCGACAUCCCUCCCGCACACCUCCCCACUCAAGACGAGGUCCGGACUGCCGUCCCACACCCAAACGCAUACUUUUGCCGCGAAGACAACGGCUGGGUCUUCCUCCAAUGGCGGUCGUCCAGCGUCCUCCCCCCGCUCGUCGACCCUGCAGCUUCCCUGCCUAAUCAAGCCCGACGGAAACGGACCCAGUCGUGCGUGGGCGACGGCGAGCAACCGUUUGGCCAAGCCAAUGUCACCCACCACUGGCACCAGUACCCGAAGGCGGUCGACGCGACCAGGCUCAAUCCCCCGUACGCACGCAGCGACCUCCUCCUCGAUCUUUACCUCUGUUGUCAGUGCUCGACAUAUUGCCUUGUGUCCGACAUUAUCCCCGGUGCGAUCCCCGCACAUCUGCUCAACGCCCUCGUGGAGGACAAGUUGACGAACCCUGCAAUCGACAAGACCCCACGCGCGACGGUGGUCGCCGCUCUCGAGACCAUCCAAUCCAUCGUCUCCAAUCGGAUAUGGCGCGAUGAGCAGCGGGUGUUGCCGAUCAUGGGCGCACGCUUCAAGACGAAGCUUGGGUGGGAUCCAGCGAUCGAGCAAAUUUUCAAAGAGCUUGGGUUUCGAGCUGAGAAGACUCCGAAGGAGGGGAAACCGGGCGAGCUUCUUCUACAACCGCCAGGGAUAGACCCGGCGACACCAGAGGGGGUGGCGAACAGGACGAAGCUCCUUCGCGCAUGGACAGAGUUGAGCGCGUGGCUGGUGAUCUACCAGAAGAACAAGGAAGGACUGGCGGACUACAGCAGCAUUGUCCUGACCGUCAAGGCGGACGGCGCGCGCGACAUGUAUCAAGAGGGCAUUGGGGCGCACGUCUCGCAAAUCUCUCGAGGAAACCUCCCCGACCAAUUGGUCGGUUACGCGCCGCUCGAUGCUGCCUGGAGAUUGCUAGGGAUGACCCCUUCGACGUACACAUGGGAGCUGCUUGCGUUCGCGUAUCUGGCGCAAUGCCGGUGCGACCCAGAGAACACGAUGACCUACUUCGCCCAGCUGAUGACGAUCGUCAACGCCAUGGUCAACCUGGGCAUCGCGGUUCCAACAGAGCUGCAAGCGCUCGUCAUGGAGGAGCGUGAGCGGUCUCGGUUCACCCCAGAAGACUACGCUCUCGCCGCGUGCAGACUCGGGUUUGGGGCAGAGCUCGGCGUCGACCUCGACGCGGACGUUGACGACGAGUUCAUCGCGGCCGCGUGGCGCUCCGCAAGACGGCGCGCGUGGCAGAGCACGGGCGAUGCGACCACGAAGCGCGCCGAGCUGAACGACGCGCUCCGGAUCGUCGCUGAGACGCGCGGGAGCCUCGCCCUCAUCAAGGUGUGGACCGAGGAGAAGGGCUCGGGGAUGUCCCCGGAGACGGCGUAUUCGACAUUGGACGUACCGCGGGACGUUGAUGAGUCGAUGCUGCUCACCGUGUUCUCGAUGCGGAUAGAAGAUUCGCCGAGUCAGGCGGAGCGGAUGCGCGAGGCAUUGGGGGUCAUCGCGGAGGUCACGAACAGCGAGCGAUUGCGGCAGUUCUUGACUACUGGCACGGAUCCUGGAGACGGCACUGUCACGAACAGCAGCCCGGAGAUGCCGCGCGGUCUGAACCAGCUCGGGAACACUUGCUACUUGAACUCCCUUCUCCAGUAUUUCUAUACCAUAAAGGAUCUACGCGAUGCGAUCGCGUCCCUCGCUGGCACGGGCGCCAAGUCCCUCGAUGAGAAGAAGUUCACAGACGAUGACCUGAAGCGUCAUCGCGUCGGUGGCCGCCUUGUUACCCGCCGUGAGAUCCUCCGCUCCAAGAAGUUCGUCCACCUCCUCGCCGAGCUCUUCUGGAACCUCGAGUACUGCGACACCGCCUCUGUCACGCCCGAGAUCGAGCUCGCAAAGCUUGCGCUGGUGACGUCGCAGGACGAGGAGGAGGACGCGAUAGAUGCGGAGAUGGACCUAGACAAGGCAGGCACCGACUCCUCGAACGAUACUGAUGCGACGCUCCCCGAGCAGGGCGCGCAGAGCCCGACUGGCAGCGUGCUCGGCAAACGCAGCCGCGAGACGGACGGGGAGGAGACCAUGGAGGUCGACACGCCCGCGCAGUCGCCCAAAGCAACGGGAGGGUCGAGUCCCAGGGGCGGGAGCGGCGGGAGUGAGGCGGCCAUGUUUAUCGAGGAGGCCAUCGCGUCGACAUCUUCGACAUCGCUGGACAAGCGGCCUGCGCAGGCUACCUCGGAUGGGGAUGUCGAGAUGAAGGAGGAGAAUCAGAGCUCGUCGGCAGGGAAGGCCCCACCUCUGCCGCCGAGGAAGACGCGCCCGACUGACGACUCCGUGAUGAUGUUCGGGCGGCAACACGACGUGUCCGAGUGCAUGGACAACUGCAUGUUCCAGAUCGAGACCGCGCUGCUCGACUUCCAGGGCAUGGCGACGUCCGACGACGACAAGACGAGCCCUGUCAAGAGGUUGUUUUAUGGCAAGAAGCGCCAGCGGCUGAUCGCAGACGACUCGCGCCACCAGUCGUCCAUCCACGAGAAGGAGGAUCUGUUCUCGCACCUGCACGUCAACGUCGCCGACGAGGGCUUUGACCUCUACGACGGCCUCGCGCGGUACUUUGACGAUGUCGUCGAGGUGAACGGGCAGAAGAAGCGGAUGGAAGUGACGCUGGUCGACCUUCCGCCCCUCCUCCAGAUCCAGCUCCAGCGAGUGCAAUUCAACCGCGACACGCAACAGGCGUACAAAUCGCAGGCGUACGUCAAGUUCGGGGAGACGAUCUACAUGGACCGCUUCCUGGAUAGCGCGAGCCCCGAGAAGAAGGCGCGCUCGAAGGCGCUGCAGGCGGAGCUCACCGCAGCGCGCGACCGCGUCCAGCGGCUCACCCAGGGCCAGCUCGCCCCCUUCUCCCCCGCGCUCACCAACGCCGCCAACUUCCUCGCGAGCCAGACCGCGCUAGAGCUCACAAAGGACGACGCGCUGGUGGCCUCGCUGCGCGCCGAGGAGGUCCUCAUCUCGGAGGAGCUGCGCGUCCUCCGCGAGCGCCUCGCCAUCCUCAAGCAGGAGCUCGAGGACAUCUGGCGCGACGAGACGUCGGCCGGGUACGAGCUCACGAGCGUCUUCAUCCACCGCGGGUCCUCGCCGAGCUGGGGACACUACUUUUUCUACUCGCGGCACCUGCCCGAGAGCCCGGAGAAGUGGUUCAAGUACAACGACUCUGACGUGUCCGCGGUUGCGAAGGAGGAGGUCCUCGCGGACACGACUGGCUCAACCGCGAAUCCGUACAUGCUGGUCUUUGUGCGGAAGGGGUGCGAUGCGAUCGAUACCGUGCACAGGUUCAACCCGGACCUGCUUGUCGAGGGCGAGUGA